AUGUUCAAGGUAAUUCAGAGGUCCGCGGGGCCAGCCAGCCUGAGCUUGCUCACCUUCGAAGUCUGUGCUGUACCGAAAAAGGACUCGCCUCCCAAAAAUUCUAUGCAGGUUGAUGAGCUUUCACUCUACUCAGUUCCUGAGGGUCAAUCGAAGUAUGUGGAGGGGUCAAGAACGCUUGAGGAAAGCAUCUCACAGCUCCAACACUGCUGCGAGCCAUACACAAGCUGCUCUCAGGAAACUAAGCCCGAGGUGCAAAGUUUGGUUCAGUGUGGGUUAGACAGCUAUAACCAUCUCCGAAAUGCACCUCCUGGAUUUUUUCUGAGACUUGGUGUUAUUGGCUUUGCUGGCCUUAUUGGACUCUUUUUGGCUAGAGGUUCAAAAAUAAAGAAGCUAGUGUAUCCGCCUGGUUCAAUGGGAUUAGCUGCCUCCCUCUGUUACCCACAACAAGCCAUCGUGUUUGCCCAGCUCAGUGGGGAGAGAUUAUAUGACUGGGGUUUACAUGGACACAUCGUCAUCGAAGAUUUGUGGAAGGAGAACUUUCAAAAGCCAGGAAAUGUGAAGAAUUCACCUGGAACUAAGUAGAAAACUCCAUGCUCUGCCCGUCUUAAUCAUUUAUAGGUAAACAUUGGAAACUCCAUAGAAUAAGUCAGUAUUUCUACAGAAAAAUGGCAGAGAAGUCAGUAUUGAAUGUAUUAAAUUGUCUUUCUUCUUCAGGAAAAGCUAGACCAGACUUCUGUUAUCUUGGGUGGUACCAUCCUACAAGCAAACUAAUCUGAAACCCUUUCACCUAGAGAUAACGUACCAGCCCUAGAUCUCCUCGUUCUCAUGUUGCUAUUUAUGUACAUAAUUAAAACCCAAGUUAAAAAGAAAAGAUUUAUCAGAACACAGCUACACUUGUUUGUUUACCUAUCAUCUAUGAUUGUUCCGCCGUGGGAGAGUUGAGCAGUUGUGACAUGGACAAUAGGCCCUAGAGUCAAAAUAAAUAUACUUGGGCACUUUGUGGAAAAAACGUUUGCAGACAGCUGCCCUAAAUAAUUAUAGUUUCAGAGAAACUUAACAGAAAUGUGUUUGGUUACUGAUGCAUAAGAGCAGGCACCAGUAAAAUGGCAUAAAAAUAUUAAAUCACAGAUUGGAUGAGUGAGACCAAGACAAUUUAGCAAAUUCUCCUAUCUCUGUAUUCACACCUGUGUCUUCUAGUUGCUGUUUUGUUUAACUCAUGGCUACUGUCCUAACUUUAGGGAUGCUAAAAUAGUUUGUUUUGAAAGAGGUUUGUUAAGACAAGCAGUAGGUAUGUUACGUUUACUAGACAGGCCCUUUUAACAGGUAAGUGACAGGGCCCCUAGUACAUUAUGUUUAGUUACUGUUUUCUUCUCAGAGUUAACCAGAGCAAAAUAACUUUGCUAUUUAAAAUGUGCUAAGUGCCAAAAUGAGGAGAAAUCCCGUGGCUUGAGCUUGAACGUGUCGCAGGUUUGAAGAGCCUUCAGCCAGGUGAUGGUCUGCGGCUAAAGAGCCGCAUCUUGGUAUCUGGUUCUCUGCUAACUUCCUACUUUUAGCAAAAUUAUUUCACGUGGAACUCUAGCUGAUCCUUGGCCAGGAUCAGAUCCUCAAAAGGAGGUAAUCAUGUUAGCAGUGGAUAUUGUAUAAGAUGUAACAUGGCUUAGAGGAAAGAGUGUGGACCCCAGAGACAGGUCAUCAGUCAUUCAAAUCCGGAUUCUCCCUCCAUCUGUGACUUUGAAAUGCUAGUGGAGGCUCAGCAUCUUUACCCAUCAACAGGAGGAUUACAUCGAAUGUAGGCAAAUCAUCUAUUACAGAUGCCUAAUAAAUGAUAUUGAAGAGAACAGAAAAACAAAAAUCUUUUACGAUGUAUGGGAAAAAAUGUGCUGAUAGAGCUGGUUAUUCAGGGUCGCCCAGCCGUCCUCCAGCAAAGUAGAAAUACCAGACCAAUGAGUUGAUGCUAGAAUUUUUCACAUGGCUACCUGACCAUUGUGGAAGUCAAUUGGUUGAAACACAUGGACACAGGGAGGGGAGUACUAAACACUGGGGUCUAUUGGGGGGGAAAAGGGGAGGGCCAGUGGGAGGGGGAGGUGGGGAGGGAUAGCCUGGGGAGAAAUGCCAAAUGUGGGUGAAGGGGAGGAAGGAAGCAAAACACACUGCCAUGUGUGUACCUACGCAACUGUCUGGCAUGUUCUGCUCAUGUACCCCAAAACCUAAAAUGCAAUAAAAAAUAAAAAAAGAAAUACUCGUAGUAUGACAUGGUAAGUUACAUUUGUUUGAACCUUGUCCUGUGAAAGCAUUACCUGUCCCAAACAGUUAUCAAAAUGCUUAACCAAAAAAUUAUUCUUAUAAUGAAGUUAUAACAGGGAUUAUGAGAGGGAUUAUGAAAGGGAAUUAUUUUUGAGCAGGGGGAGCCAUUUGGGAGUGCUUCAAGAUACCCAAUAGAAGAUAUACAAUUACAAUUUCUCAGUGAAAAGUAAAUUAAGAACAAAAAAUAUAAGUAAAAAAAUCUGAUAAAUGUAAUAUACUUAAUGUGUAGGAUGUCUCAAAUUUCCUGUAAAUAAAUUUCGAUGUCUAAAAAUG